AUGGAUUUCUACGAAGAACCAUACUUUGGGUUCGGCACAAAGAUGUCCAAAUACCUGAUGAGCUUCUCUGUCUUCGUCUGUUUCGUUGUGCUGAGCGUGGUGAGCUUUUUCCUGAACCUCGGAGGCUCGGUUUACUUGCUGCAGUCCGGACUAGAACAGACCGCAGCCAAGCCUCUGAUCAGUGAACUGUUCUAUGGCUACCUCAUCGUUUACUACUCAGACAUGCCAUCCAAAUACAUGGCUGAUCACAUACAGGAGCAAUACGAAUGUUGCGGCGCAUACAGCCCCAUGGACUGGAAGAACGUACGCCUGCCAGUGCCGAACACGUGUCGUAAUCAGAUCACAGGCAAUCAGUUCCAUCUGAGCUGCGGGGAGGCGGUAUCUCGCUACCUCGAGCUCUUCACUGGCCUCAGCAGCGGCAUGGCGCUCAUAGUCUGCUUCUUACAGCUGUGGACCUUCCUGUUCGUUGUGUUGAUACGCAGAGGACAUUUCCGGAAAAGUCAAUCUGUUGAAAAUAACCAAGACUACAACGAAGACUAGAAACAAAUAAAUUAGUUUCAUCCUCAACCUACAUCGGACUCUUCUAUCUAUAGGAAUAACCACACUUGUGUAGUAUGUGUACUGGUUUUUAAUACACGAAGUAUUCUUCUUCAUCAUGUGUCGGUGUGGAUGAGGCUUGGAAAAUUUCUCCACAUGCUCUGCAAGGAUCGAUCUCGAAGCAUUGAUUCGUUAUACUAAUUUAGGUGGUUAUAUCAGCAUGUAGAUUGCUCCUUCUUGAUUUUCAACUUGUGUGUUACUUGAUUUUUGUUCUAAAAACUACGAAAUUAUUAUCACGUCACAUUGUGGUGUUGUAUUAAUUUAAUGUAUAAAAUUUUACGAUGGUUUAAGCUCCUUGAACUAUAGUUGCUCAUUCGACAUUGGUCUCGGUGUAAAGGAAUAAGGACCACAACUAUGCCAGUAAUCCAAGUAGCAUAGGCCUCUUCACGAGAUGCAAAUCGAAACACGAGUAACCAACUCAACAUUUAAUUAAAUAAAGAACGAAAUGAAGGAAAACUAGAAAGGAGCCAGCCGAGUUGAAGGUGCCAUGGAUCAGCAGGUGUCGUGGGGUCUCCGAAACGCAAUGAUCCACCAGGAAACAAGGAUCCACAAGGAAGCAUGGUUCCACCAGGAUGCAAGGUUCCACCUGGAUGCAAGGUUCUACUAGUACGCUAGGAUACACCAGGACGCAAGGUUCCACCAGGAUGCAAAGUUCCACCAGGAUGCAAGGUUCCACCAGGAUGCAAGGUUCCACCAGGACGUAAGGUUCCACCAAGACGCAUGGUUCCAUCAGGACGCAAGGUUCCACCAGGACGCAAGGUUCCACCAGGGCGCAAGGUUCCACCAAGACGCAAGGUUCCAUCAGGACGCAAGGUUCCACCAGGACGCAAGGUUCCACCAGGACACAAGGUUCCACCAAGACGCAAGGUUCCAUCAGGACGCAAGGUUCCACCAGGACGCAAGGUUCCGCCAGGACGCAAGGUUCCGCCAGGACGCAAGGUUCCACCAGAACGCAAGGUUCCACCAGGACGCAAGGUUCCACCAAAACGCUAGGUUCCGCCAGGACGAAAGGUUCCAUCUGCAGGAAAUACGAUCGGAGAGUUUAGGGCGUCAGGUAGGAGGGUGAGAAGCCAGUACGUGUUACUCGUGGUUGAGGAGCCCCUUAAUUGAUAAUCAGUUAUGGGUUCUAUCUGUAGCAAAAAGCGCGGGGGUUAGCAAUCACCGGUCUAUAGAAAAUUAUAAAGUUACCCCACAGCCAUUGAAGAGAACGAGUUUAUGGGGCAGAUCUGUGAUACUGCUAUGAAACACUUCUCGUUCCAGAGAACUUUCCUUUAGCGGCUAGUUUAUAGAGCAAUUCUAAAGCCUCCGAUUUUCUGGAUACAAACUCUUCUGAAUUCAAAGAUCUUCACAUGAAAAGUAUGUUAACGUCAGUCAACAAUGUUUACAUGUAAACAACACUGAACUAAAAAAGUUUCUUUCAUUCUAAAGUUGAUUUGUAAAAUUGUGUGGACUUCUAGUGAAUUACAUUCAUCCAUAACUAAGGAUGAAAUAAGUUGGGAAAUAAAUAUUAAAUUCUUCAUUAUUAUACAAUUGAAGAAGACUAAUUAACCAAAUUUUUGGUUUAAUCGUUGUUUUAGGAGAAUUUAAUAUCAUUUACUCGGGUUUAUUCUGAUUCUUGUAUUUUUAUUCUUACUUUUAUGUUAUCUAUAUGGUUGUUAGGAACAUGAAAUAACAUGUAAACACGUGUUCGUUUUGUAAAAAUUUUCUAUCUGUAGCGUAUAAGUCCUGGAUCUCUUAGUAAUAAAGCUUCGUUUAGAAAUAUAUAGUUCAUAGUUGUCGGAUAACAUUCAUAAUUAAUUGGUUACCAUUUAUAGUUGAUUAGAUUAAACGAUUUAUAAAUAUAUAACCUGAAUUUACUUUAAAAUUAAUUCGAUGACCUUGAUUGAGGAAAUAGCGAUAAUAUCUUCCUGUUUAUAUGAUUUAUAAACAUGCUCUUCAGACCCGAAAACGGCUUAAAUUACGAUAGAAAUAUGACCAAUUCAUUCACUCCAUUGUUUCAUUGCCUUGAUUCUUCUUUAUCUUAUAAAA